UUCUGCAAACCCAACUUUUUCUUUCUUACUUUCCCACCAAAGCCCGUUCUAAAGAAAUAAGCGAAAUUCAGAGGAAACAGAGACAUGGGUGGCAAGGUCUCUAAGCAAAGUAAAAAAGACGAUGUGGUUUUGCUUUGUAGGGAGAGAAAGUGGCAGCUGAAUUUGGCUGUGAAGAGAAGGGAUGCGUUUGCAGAUGCACAGGGCGAGUAUAACAAGUCGCUGUGUGCAGUGGCAGUUGCUAUAAGGUCGUUUGUAGAAAGCCAUUCCUCUCCAACCAAAAACACCAAUGCUUACCCUUCUUCUGAUUCUGGAAUUUCUAGAAGCUCUUCUUCAGAGAUAGACAGAGAAAAAAAGCUACAAGAAAGUUCAGAUGAUAGAGAAGAAGUUGAAGAGAAUAGUGAUCAUAAUGCUGGGACCGAUGGGGAAGAAUUGGGGUUGGUUUUGCUGAAUGAUGAGGCUGUGAGAGAAGGGAGGGAAUUGUUGGAAGCAUUGAAAGAGGUUGAGGUCCAAUUCCUUAGGGCCUAUAAUUCCAGUUUGGAUGUUUCCAGGAUGCUAGGCGCCAACAUGGAUCAAAAGCAAUCUGCCUUGGGGGAAACUGAAGAGAACUCAAGUAAACUCAAAAAAAGCAGCUCCAUCUCAUCUAUAUUAUCUUCGUUUUCCUCCCGAAGAGGCCUCCUUAACAGAAGUUGUUCAAAAAUCACUCAUUAUAGUGGUGGUCUCUUUGAUGACAAUGGAGCAAUGGGAUCCGAGUGCCAUUCGUUAACACUAGGGACACUAUAUGCUUGGGAGCAAAAACUCUAUGAGGAGGUGAAGGCUGGAGUGGAAACCUGGAGAUUAUAUGAUCGAAAAUGCUCCCAAUAUUCAAGAAACCAAGGACAUGGCCUAAAGACUGAAGACAAAAUUAGAGUUGAAGUAAAGGAAUUGCGUUCCAGAGUUGUGGUUGCCAAAAGAAAUGUGGAAUCAAUAUUUAAUGAAAUUCGAAAACUGAGAGAUGAGGAGCUGCAACCACAACUUAUUGAGUUGUUACAAGGGCUGAUGAAAAAUUGGAAGAUCAUGUCAGAAACUCAUGAAACACAACACAGAAUCAUGUCCGAAGUGAAGUAUGUAAACUGUCCAUCCUAUGAAAAGUUGUGUAAUGACUCACUCCAACUUGUUACUCAUGAGUUUGAAGCAGAACUUCAAAAAUGGCGUGCUUGCUUUGCUUCAUAUGUUUCUUCACAAAAAGAAUACAUUGAAGCACUUGAUGGUUGGCUACAUAAGCCUGUUGCUCCUGAAAGUGAAGUCGACUCCGAUAUGUGGUCCUCGCUAAGGUGGUGUAGAGUUGGCAUUCUGCCAUCCCGUGAAAUUUGUGAUGAUUGGUUAGAUUCCAUAAAUAAGCUGCCACAUGAAGCAGUGGCUAGUGCCAUGCAAAACUUUGGCAAGGAUGUCCAAGCAUUGAUGGUUCGACAAGGCAAUGAUCAUCAACAAGAGAGGGAGAUAGAUGAGCUUGCUAAGGAACUUCGUAAGGGAUUUGGAUCGAAGAGAAGUAAGCGUAAGGAAAAGGAAAGUCAUGUGCGCCUGUUGAAAGACAUGGAGGACACGAUGUGUGAGUUUACGAAAACGCUAAACGAAGAGGUGGAACAACUUAAAACAAGCAUGAAGGAGACACAAAAUAUUACUGUCAACGGAUUCCAGACGGGGUUUUCGUCCGUGUUUAAAUCCUUAACCGAGUUUUCAAAGAGUGUUGUCGAAAUGUAUGAUGGCCUCCUUAUAAGAUUCAACGCGAAUGGAAUGAAGGUAGAUGACAAAAGUAGCCUACUACUAAGCAGUCAUGUUGAAGCCGAUGACCAAAAUAGCCAACCUCCAAGAAUUCGUGUUGAAGCCGAUGACCAAAAUAGCCAACCUCCAAGAAUUCGUGUUGAAGCCGAUGACCAAAAUAGCCAACCUCCAAGAAUUCGUGUUGAAGCCGAUGACCAAAAUAGCCAACCUCCAAGAAUUCGUGUUGAAGCCGAUGACCAAAAUAGCCAACCUCCAAGAAUUCGUGUUGAAGCCGAUGACCAAAAUAGCCAACCUCCAAGAAUUCGUGUUGAAGCCGAGGAGAGAAUAAAAAUUAAUAAAGGACAAAAAAAAGGGCAUAAAUGACAGAAAAAAUAAGCAUAACAGAUUUUUAGAAUCUU